AUGAACGCUGAUAAUGCUGAUAACAAUCAAAUUGAACAUGCCAAUGGAACGAAUUCAAUUCACACUUCGAUUAAUAUGCCACAGGAGACACAUUUAAAAGGCAAAAAAGAAUCUUUAACUGAUUCGCAAAUUACCCUCGUCAUGCCAGAUCAAGGGCACAUGGUGAAUAAUGGUUACUAUUUGGAAAUGGCAUCUGAGGCACGAACGCGGCGGUUAAAUCUAAAAUGGACGAUUAGUCUUACCAUAAUUGCCGUUAUAUUUUUUAUAAUUUCUACCUAUACCGUAAUAAAGGUGUUGGAACAUAACGAAAAAUGA